AUGGAGGAGGGAAACAGAGGAGGGAAAGGUAGAAGAGAAGAGGCAACUGAAGACGAGGCGGUGAGGUUAUCAACCACGGGUCAAGUUCAUCGAGUGAAGAGAAAAGGAAACACAGCGUCACGUGGUGUGUCAGAUUUCCAACCCAUUUCCUCUCAAAAAAAGGGGAAAUGGGAGAUCCAUAAAAAGCUACUGUUUGUCAGGGCGGCGGAGUCAGGUGCGAAAAGGCAGCCUCGAGGAAUCACGAAGCCAAAGCCGGUGUCUCCGGCGUUGCAGGCGGUGGUCGGGGUGAAGGAGAUUGCGAGGACUCAGGCGCUGAAGCGGAUUUGGGACUACAUCAAGGAGAACAAUCUUCAGGACCCAGAGAACAAGAAGAUUAUUGUGUGUGAUGAGAAGCUCAAGGGCAUAUUCGCUGGCAAAGACCGGGUCGGGUUUCUUGAAAUCUCAGGGUUGCUGAAUCCUCACUUUGAGAAGUAACGAAGUCUUCACCUGGGUUUUUUUUGUAAAUGGUAACUGUAGGGUUUAUCACGGCUGUUGUAGGCAAAAGAUGGCAUCAGAAAGUUUACAGUAUCUAGCCUCUGUUUUAGAAUUCAGGGUGUAUGUUUUUUCAGUUAUAUUAUCUUGUAUGCCACAGAAAUCAAAAUGCACGUGGCAGCCUUGUUUUGGUUUUAAGCUGUUGGUAUUCUGAACUAAACACGUCUUAAUUAGGCUGCAUUUCGUUGCAUACGGAAUGGAAUUAUCUUUUGUGGAACGACUUUGUGAUGGUGGUUUAUUUUUUUGCUUAA